CUAUAUAAUUUUGCCCGUAACUUUUCUGAAGAUACAAAUACAAACAAACACCAAAUAGAUUUUAACAAUAAUACCAUAUGUAGUCACUGCAAUGCACUCAAGCUACCUACAGAAAGUCCGGGAAUGUGUUGUUCUAAUGGAAAGGUUUUAUUAGCGGAGCCUAAUGUUCCCUUGAUCCUGCAACAUUUUUUUUCUGGUCAAAAUAAUAUCACUAAGGAUUUUCUUAAUAAAAUUCGUCUUUAUAAUUCGGCAUUUACCUUUGCUUCCGUUGGUGUAAUGUUUGAUCGUGAUCUCGCUAAUGCAAGAGCUGGUAUCUACACAUUUCGCGUUCAAGGUUCAUUUCAUCACCGAAUUGGAUCAUUAUUGCCAGAACACAGCUCUGAACCUCAUUAUCUGCAAAUGUAUAUCUAUGAUACUCAACAUGAGCUGCAGCAUCGAAUAAAUGCUAUUCCUAAUUCCAAUCUUAACCUAGAUAUUGUUCAAGCUUUAAAGAUCAUGUUUGAUGAAGUAAACCCAUAUGUCAUUAACUUUCGAUACAUUUCUGACCUACCUGCUAAAGACAUUGAAAAUCUAUCUAUACUUAUCCAUGCCGAUAUUUCUGGACUUGAUCAAAGGACUCACAAUGCUCCAACAGCCCCUCAGGUAGCAGCAAUUUGGAUUGAUAGCGAUGUAUCUUCCAAUGUGAUCCAGAAGCGCGAUAUUAUAUUACACACUCAAAUGAAUCAACUGAUUCGUAUCUCUGAAUUUAGUGGAUGUUAUGAUCCUUUAGCCUAUCCACUUUUAUUCCCUCACGGUGAACAGGGGUGGGCCCCCCGUCAAAUUCCAUAUAGAGAUGUCUCUCUUGCGCCUGAAACAAUUGAUAUUAAUGAAGAUAAUAAUGAGGAAUAUGAGAAUAGCAAUACAAACAUAAGGCGACAUAGAAAAUUUAAUAAGUUUCAAGAGUUAAAGAAGGAUCUUUUUGAACGUGGAGUUUUUGGACGCGUUAUUGCACAUAUCUAUGUCAUUGAAUUUCAGAAGCGUGGUCUUCCGCAUGCACAUAUUUUA